AUGGCCACGAUAGCCAUGCAGGCUCUCGGCUGCGACGUCGCCGCCCUCAACACCGUCCACUUCAGCAACCACACCGGCUACCGACAGUUCAAAGGCACGAGAGCCACAGCCGAUGAAAUCACCGCCCUUUACGAGGGCCUCUGCCAAAGCCAUCUCACAGACUUCGACGUCAUGCUCUCGGGGUACGCCCCGAGUGCCGCCGCUGUCGAGGCCGUCGGCGCCAUCGGCCUCGACCUCCAGCGCAAAGCCGCAAGUAAACCCGGGUCUUUCUUCUGGGUCCUCGACCCGGUCAUGGGCGACCAGGGCCGUCUCUACGUCAACGACGACGUCGUCCCGGCCUACAAAAAGAUCAUCCAGCACGCAGACCUGAUCCUCCCCAACCAAUUCGAAGCCGAAGUCCUCUCCGGCAUCAAAAUCACCUCGCUCAGCACCCUCGCCUCCGCCAUCACCGCCAUCCACGCCACCUACAACGUCCCCCACGUCAUCAUCACCUCCGUCGACCUGAGCAAGCUGCCCACCCCACCCAGCGACUCAACUCCAACCCCGCGCACGCUCACCAUCAUCGGCUCGACCACCCGCUCCGAUGGCUCCCCGCGGCUCUUCCGCAUCGACGUCCCCGCGCUGGACUGCUUCUUCAGCGGCACGGGCGACAUGUUCGCGGCGCUGACGGUCGCGCGGCUGCGCGAGGCCGUGGCCGCCGCGGACCCGGCACUCGCCGCCACGCGCUCGUGGGUGUCCCCCGACGACGUGCCGGCCACGGAGCUGCCCCUCGCGCGCGCGACGGUCAAGGUGCUGGCGAGCAUGCACAGCGUGCUGGAGAAGACGUUGGAGGCGCGGGACGCGGAGCUGCGCCUGACGGCGGCGGCUGCCGCGGCGAACGGGACGCCGAGCGACGAGGACACGGCGAAGCAGGAGCAUCUGCGGCGGACGAAGGCGGCGGAGGUGCGGCUGGUGCGGAAUGCACGGUACCUCCGCGAGCCGGAGGUGGAGUUCCAGGCGAUGGAGUGGAACAAGCAGGAUCUGCCGGUGGAACUACAAUAG